GCCCUGGGGUGAGGGGGGUUGGGCUGCUCUAGACCCCGGCGGAGGGUCCAAAGGAGUCAUGUGGACGACUUUGACACAGACACGGAUUGCAGAAGGAAGGGAAAAUCCAGUAUCCCAACAAAAUCCAGCAGGACGGAGUAACAACAUCUAACUGAGUGGAUGUAAUACUGACUUGUCACAUGUACUUGCUGUGAUCGAAGGACCUAGUUGGACUAAGAGUGUGAAUCAAGCUGUCGAUUCUGGACCAUGAAGCUUAGCGUGGCAUUAUUCUUUGCAGGUCUCUUUGGAGCUUUGGCAGCUGUGUUCAUCUUGCUUUCUUUUGGUACUGAUUACUGGCUACUGGCCUCUGAGAGCUGCACACCAAACCCUGAUGGAUCUAGUCUCACAGACAAAUCAGCUGGACAGCUGGGAGCGGAGCAAGGUGGGAGGGAUUCAACAGUUUCGUACCAUGAGGGAUUCUUCUGGGGCUGCUUCUCUGGAGGUCAUACUGAUGGAAUCGAACUGGAUUGGGCCAGCUGGCUGACUUCGAGCCAUCCCAGCUUUAAACAGUGUGUGCCAGCCUAUCUCUAUCCAUUCCCCAUAUUAGCCUCAAACGAGACCGCCGAGUACAGCCCUAUCUUGAUCUACAAAGGCUUCUGGAGCAUCUUCAUGCUCAUCAGUGUAGCAGCUGUGCUUCUGGGUGGGCUCCUCAUCAUUUGUGGUGCUCCUUUUGCGAGCCACCGCCUCUACAAGGCCGGAGGUGGCCUCUUCCUGGUAUCUGGUUUUUUCCUGCUGUGUGUGGUGGUGCUGUUCAUCCUGUGGUUUCAGUUGUCGGACACUUUAGAAGCCCACGUUAAAUACCAGCUCAUAAAAUUCUGUCCGGGUUUCAACUUGUCCAUAAGCUACGGCCUGUCCUUCAUGUUCGCUCCCAUCGGCGUCUUCUUCUGCCUCCUGGCCGGCCUUCUUUUCCUCCUGAUUGGUCGAACUGUCCAGAAUAACUACCACUGAAGAAGAAGCUUUAUGUUUUGUGUGUGCCAUCUGAAAACAGGACUCAAAUGGAGCAGAGCAGCUGGGUUAUUUUUACUGUUUUGAUCAAACAUUUUUUAAAUGGAGCAUGUUUUGUUUGCUUGAGAAUGAGAAAUAUAAUGGUGACUUCUUACUGGGGCGUGUUUUUGUGCUUUCCUGCAUCAACUCACAUCUUUUAAAUAGAAAGGUUUAUUUUUAGAGCAGAGAGGUGUGCUGGAGCAAGGUAACAGCCCUUAAAAUGUAAAAACAUAACAAGUUUAGUUGUUUUAAUGUAAUUACAGCAAUGAGACAUGGUGUUUUGAAAAGUUUUACCAGAUGCCUUUUACUGCAUUUAGCUGAAAACUAAAUCAGUAAAUAAAUAGAAAUAACUGAAUGUUAUCUGAAACCCAAAUAUGUUAAUGAUAAUAAACAUUGUGAGUGAUUAAAAAAGCUUUAAUGCUCCUGUUCUGAGAUGCAGAGGUUUGCUGGUGCAGAGGUGGGCUAAAAACAGCAGGAUUGCUCAUUAUUAUUUAUGAUAUGCACACAUCUCGCUUCUGAUUGGCUAACAGAAGGUGUUGAGUCAUGUUGCAAAGUCACUAUCACCAACACACACUCCACUCUGCAAAAAUAUUUUAAAAAAGCCUUCCUGUGGCUAGGCGGGAGCCAAGAUGGGCGUGGCCACUAAUGCAAAUUCACAUUGUGAUGUUACAGUGUGAGUAUUUUCAAAUCCUCACAUUUCACCAUCUAUUUUCUAUCAGAAGCUAAUGCAGGAAAUAGGUGUAGGAGCCUAUUUUCAUGUUCAGCCUGCAAACUUCAAGUGACUGAAUAUAAUCAGAAAUAAUCAUUAAAAUGUUUUUCAGUCAACCACACCUUUAAUAAAUGCACGGAUGUUAAAGCAGCUUAAAAAUACUCUGACAUCAUUGCAGUGAUCCUGCACACAAAAGGUUAUAGUUUCAGGAUGGUCAAAUGGUGCGUUUCUGAACAUUUUUAUGUUUAUUUUGUUAUUUUUUGCUAUCAUUCAUUUUAAUGUUAGUCCAUCUUCAUGAAUGUUAGUUUGGCUGGGGUUUCAUCUUUUCUCUGUGAUCUGUUUGGCUUUGAAAUAAUAAAAUACUUUGAUGAA